AUGUCUCUGCGAACCAAGAAAAGCAAGAUUGGCAAAGAUGACAAAGGCAGAAUGUACUCCGGCUCAAAUGAAUUUGAUCCCAACUAUUCGUCAUCUCAGCUUCGGUCCGUCGAUUCGAGCUCCAUGCACGAAAUUCAAGAAAACAACUAUAGACAGCUCCAAAGCCUGAUACAACGAAUGCGCUCAGCUCCCUCCAGCCCGAACCACGUCGAUUCUGCGUACAAAGAGUUUGAGAAAAUUCGAGAGCCUUGCGCAACCCUUUGCUACGGCAUUUUACAAGAUGAAUUCAAACCGCCUCGCUCGAUGUCGAAUGCGACUGACCUGAUGAUACGUCGAGACUCUUCAAUUGACGCUCCUCGCAGUCCGGGUGCUACAAUUUUUGAUCAACGUAGCUCUUUUAGCGGUCGAAGUCUUACCGAGGUAGUCACCGGCAGCGCUAUCACAAAACCCGGUCCAGCCAAUGAACUGUGGCUCAGUGCUAUUCGAGAGUGGAAGGGCUGCCUGGAAACCCUCUGCGAGGCUUUCAAAACCAGCUUGGCCGACACUUAUAAAAGCUACGAGCGUGAUGCCACACCGGAAAUGAUCGAUUUGCUUUUCACGAGCAAAAAGUUUCGCAGAGAAGCCGUGCAUCGCAUGAGAAAUGCCAGUGUAACCAGAGUUCUCUCCGCCGAUCCCCAAUUUUUCCCGAGGUAUGAGAUUCGGUUUAGAAACUAUGAGAGAGUGAAGAAGGAAGUAGCCGAAAUCCGCCAACUUUUGCAGUCUGGCGAGUCGGGUAUUUCGCCUUCAAGGGAGGUACAAGAAUUUCCCAUUGCACAACGUGGAGAUGCAAUGCUGGAAUUUGCCAACAUUGGAAGCGAAUCCUCGCCCGGUGAUCCGGUCCUGCGUUUCCGUGUCUCAUCGUACAUGCUAGCCGAGACAUCGCCCAUCUUUGCUCGCAUGUUCUCUGGUCAUCAAGCUGCCCUGUAUGUGCACGAAGCUGAGGACAUAACGCCACUUCUACCGCCACCUCCUACACCCUAUGUAUGCAAAGAUGGUUCGGAGGUGAAGCUUUACCGCAUGCCGCAGCAUGAGCUGAAUCGACUUCAGUCGCUUGAGAUCCUGAUGCAUGCUGCCCAUAUGCAUAAUGAACUGGUGCCAAGGGAAGUUAGCUUUGAACAGUUUGUGGCCAUUGCAGAGUGCUCGAUGAGAUACAAGAGCACAUCUCCACUAGAGAUGGUGGUUGAGCACCGGUGGCUCCCGCAAUGGAUGCAUAGAGGUGCAGACGAUAUGCCCGACGGAGUAUUGGUCAUCAGCUAUGCAUUCGGCUCUAGGCAGCUCUUUACAAGAAUGUCCAAGAGUGCAAUUUUGAACUUGCUUAGUGAAAAGGACCUACAAAGCAAACCCUGGCCUCAAAAGAUAAAGGACAAGAUUUGGGCGGUUCGGUGUGCCAAGUUGGCUCAGAUGUAUGCUUGCUGUACCAAUGCGAUUCAGGAAUAUCUCCCUCCGCCUAUCAGAGAUUCAUCCAAAGAUAUGGACGCACGCCCGCAGUUGGACAUGAUGACGAGCUUGCAGACUCCGGCCGCACCGCCGGCGUACGCGACGACGUUGACGAGUUCACCAAGAUGCCCCAAAGGAAGUCACAGCUGCGAUGCUGCCAAUUUAGGCUGGAUGAUGCUCAUUUUCAAUGAAAUGAAUUUGCUAUCGCAAAUUUUGCAGCCUACUGUUCUAUCACACAUGCCAGAAGCCGAACAACCUUCAAGGAGUCUCGCUCAGAUGGUAGAAACGUUGAGAAUGAUGCCCAGCCCUGCAUCUCCAAUCCAUCGAGGCGGAGUUUGUGAUCCGAGCCCAGCGUUCCGCACAGCCGUCGCGGACAUUUAUAACAGCGUCACCGGCCUUACCCUUCAUGAUAUUAGUGGCAAGAGUCAUGGCUGGGCGCUGUCAAAGCAUCGCAUGUUGGAUCCACAAACAAUUCCGGCGACCGGCUUGAGUCGCAUGGCUGCUGGUGACGACAAUUACACAGUUGCAACCGAAUUUCCCGACUCCAUUCGACUCCAGAUUCUCGGUGAAAUCGGUGAGUUGGGUGACCUACACGCUGCAGCUCAGAUCAAUAAGGGUUUCUACGAAACGUAUCAGACCCACGAGUUGACGUUGAUGCGCAAUAUUCUCCGGGCGAGUCAAUAUAGAAACAUCUCGGGGGCCAUUGCGCAACGGGGUGGCAAUUCUGAGGACAAGAUGUUAAAGGAAGAAUCUGACAAGAUCAAGGAAGAAGGACCUAUUGAGGGAGCUGACGCCGUUACCCUUAUGACAGAAGACUACGACUCGUCUGAUGAGGACGACGAAGACGACUUGGAUGGCGUUGGAGGGAUUGAUACGCCCCCUGGAAAUGCCUCGUCCUCGAAUCAACCUCUCACCAUCAGCCCACCUAGAUACACAGAGGAUGAAAGAGGUUCUUCUGGUGACGCCGCCUCGCCUACCACCCCACGGCAAGUGGUGCUUGGCAAUCCUGUGCCUUUACGACGCUCACCAGGGAAACCAGAAGAAACAGUUACUGUUCACAUUGAAGAGCCCCCAAUGACUGAUGAAGAGGCUCGCAGAAUCUUAUGGCCAGACCCGAUCACGCCGGAGUCUCCGACUCCAAUCAGGUUGCCGUCCCCUGAACCCGAGGGAAUACGCGAAAAAUUCCGGAUGGGUGACGAUUCGUUUACCCAUGCCUUGGAAGAUAAAACACUAGUCAUUACCGGAGACAAGCAACUUCGAAGCGAACUAGAUCGACGAAUAGGCUUGUUGAAGGAGCAGCAAGAUAAGGGACCACAUGACUCAGGGAGCAAAUCUGAAGGCUGUAGUAGUUCGACAGCCUAG